UCCUUGGAGAACUUGGGCUCUCUCUUCAGCCGGGUACCUCACUCCCUGCAGCAUCAUGCCUUACAGCUUCUGCCUGCCCAACCUGAGCUGCCGCUCCAGCUCCUCCUCCAGGCCCUGCGUGCCCUCCAGCUGCCAGGGUAUCACCCUACCCGGAGCCUGCAACAUCCCUGCCACUGUGAGCAGCGGCAACUGGUUCUGCGAGGGCUCCUUCAAUGGCAACGAGAAGGAGACCAUGCAGUUUCUGAACGACCGGCUGGCCAACUACCUGGAGAAGGUGCGCCAGCUGGAGCGGGACAAUGCAGAGCUGGAGAGGCAGAUCCUGGAGCGGUCUCAGCAGCAGGAGCCCCUGGUGUGUCCCAACUACCAGUCCUACUUCCGGACCAUCGAGGAGCUCCAGCAGAAGAUCCUGUGCAGCAAGUCCGAGAACGCCAGGCUGGUGGUGCAGAUCGACAAUGCCAAACUGGCCGCCGAUGACUUCAGGACCAAGUAUGAGACGGAGCUGGGCUUGCGGCAGCUGGUGGAGUCAGACAUCAAUGGCCUGCGCAGGAUCCUGGACGAGCUGACCCUCUGCAAGGCUGACCUGGAGGCCCAGGUGGAGUCCCUGAAGGAGGAGCUGCUCUGCCUGAAGAGCAACCAUGAGGAGGAAGUCAACUCCCUCCGGAGCCAGCUCGGGGACCGCCUCAACAUCGAGGUGGAUGCCGCUCCCACCGUCGACCUGAACAGCGUGCUCAGCGAGACCAGGAGCCAGUACGAGGCCCUGGUGGAGACCAACCGCAGGGACGUGGAGGAAUGGUUCGCCAGGCAGACCGAGGAGCUGAACAAGCAGGUGGUGUCCAGCUCGGAGCAGCUGCAGUCCUACCAGGCGGAGAUCAUCGAGCUGAGACGCACGGUCAACGCCCUGGAGGUGGAGCUGCAGGCCCAGCACAACCUGAGGGACUCUCUGGAGAACACGCUGACGGAGACGGAGGCCCGCUACAGCUCGCAGCUGGCCCAGGUGCAGGGCCUGAUCGGCAACGUGGAGGCUCAGCUGGCGGAGAUCCGGGCUGACCUGGAGCGUCAGAACCAGGAGUACCAGGUGCUGCUGGACGUGCGGGCCCGGCUGGAGAGUGAGAUCAACACGUACCGGGGGCUGCUGGAGAGCGAGGACUGCAAGCUGCCCUGCAACCCCUGCGCCACGACCAACGCCAAGACCAUCACGCCCUGUGUGUCCAAUCCCUGCCCCCCCUGUGCCCCUGCUGUCCCCUGCACACCCUGUGUCCCCCGCCCCCGCUGCGGGCCCUGCAACUCCUUUGUGCGCUAGAGCCCAGGAGUUGCCAGAGGAGCAAGGAGGCAGGGCCCAGGCUUCUAGAGCUUUAACCUGGCCCUGGUUCAUUCCACCAAACUGGCCUGAAAACCCAAUUUGCGUGGUUGGAGCUGCCCCAGGGAGGCAGUGAUGAAACCCACCCAACCUACUCCAGACCAUUCCCUGACUACCCUUUCCUGCGUUGGGGACUGUUUCUUCUUGGCUUGCCCAGAGAACCCUCUGACGUGCCAGCGGCCCUCCCUCGUAACCUCCCAAUAAACUUGAUUUCCUUGGCAAAGCA